GCCCCAUCACGGGAGCUGCAGCUGAUCGCCACCCCUGGCAACCAAUCAUCGCCCCAAUGCCCGCCGAGGUGAAUCUCCCCUUGCGACAGGAACUGAUCUUGCCUUGAAGAGUGUGACAGACAGACAGACAGAGAGAGUGUGUUAUCCUCGCUGCCCUUGACACCGCUGCCUACUUAAACUCCACGCUUCCUGCUAUCCCCUGUAUUUGAAUUUCCUGUUCCUUACGAAUUUUCCCUUCCUACUCGAUUGGCUUUGCCUUUACUUCCAACACUACCAAUCCAUCUUCAGAACCACCCUCCCGUGUACUACCACUACUCCUCUUCUUCUUCUUCUUCAUUCAUCAUGGGUGACAACAACCAAGCUACCACCGGCUUCGACCCUGCCGCCAAUGCUCCCGAUGCUGCUGCCUGGGACAAGGGCAAGGGCAAGGCCACAGACCCCACUCAAGACAUGCGCAUGGACGAUGAUGAGAGUGACGAGAGCGAGGCCGAAGAAAUGGUCGAUGAUGAUGACGAUGAAGACAACGACAACCUGGAGCCCAUCUCCUCGGAGAACAUCAUCUCCGGUGGCCGCCGUACACGCGGCAAGAACAUUGACUUCCAAGCCGCCGCUGAGAGUCUGAAGGAUGAUGGCAUGGACGAGGAUGACGAUGAGGACGACGACUACGUUGGCGCUGGUGAUGACGACGAGGACAACAAGAUGCAGGAUUAAAUUUUUGGAUCAAGCUACCACGAUACCAACACACACUUAGGGGCGGCGAGCGCAAUGGGAAUUGGGAUGGACAGGCGCAGGGUCUG